UAAGAUUGUUAUCAUCUCGAUGUUUCACAGUAAACAAUAUGUGUCACGAGUGAUGUUUAAAUUCAUCCAUGACCAUGAUUUAUUCAGUGUAACCACUUGCAGUGUUGUGCAGUAAAUAUUUUGCACAGUAUAAUAACUUGCAGAAACAUAAAAUCAACAUUCGUCAGCCAGCCAGCCGGUGCGGCAUUGAAUACAUGCAAUUGUACUUAAUAAUGCCAACGCUCGGAACUUGAUAGCAUAAGGGGAUUAUAUUUACAAGGCGUUUGUAAAAUAAACUUCAGUUUGAAGAGAAAUGUGGAGGAGCGAGUUUCAGUUAUAUGACUAAAGGCUUUCAGUAAUAUGCGUGCGCAUCCAUUGGAAAACAAACGGAGAAAGAGAUAUGGCGUCGACGAGUGAUAAUAGUGUAGAAUUACAAGAACUUCUGCUAACCACGAUUCCAGAACGAGAUGAUAAACAACUAAAAACUGCAUUUUAUAAGAAGACAUAUACCAGCGGAAAAAUCCGUUUUAUCAAUGGCAACACACCCUUAUAUGAUGCAAAAUUCAUCAAGAUAAAUGCUGGUGCUUGGGACAAUGAAAGUAUCCUGCAGCAAGUGGCGGAAGGCGUUGUUAACAAGCUUUGGCGUCUUGGUCGUAAAAAUCUUCUGCUGUCAGUCACUUCCGGCGCGGAUGAGUUGAAUGGAGAAAAUCGGAAAGCAUUCAACGAAGGCAUCAAAAAGAUGUUACCAGGAACAUUUCUGGUGACUGGCGGAAGCAACGAUGGAGUAACACGACUCGUCGGAGACGUUGUACACGAGUUUAACAUGACUACAGUAAAUGAGUUUGAUCAAUGUCCAUCUAUUGGAAUUGUCUGCUUGGACCGCUUACCGAAUAAAGACACAAUAAAGCUUUAUGAACUGACCAGAGGAGUGUUUGGCAUUGAUUCGGAUGGUGAGCUGUUUACCGUCGAUAAUAGAGGUGAAAGGUGGACGUUGAGCCCAACUGCAUUGACCGAAGUGAAUGAUCAAAGUGACGGUAACACCACGACUAGCGCUUUAACCGGGAAUGUUCAUCGCAAUUCAUGUUCUCGUCACUUUGUUGUUGGCGACUUAGUGCAGAUCAGAAAUAAUCAGAUGUCAGACGUCAAGUCUCAAAGGUCGAAAGACUUUUUAGAGGCGACCAUUGGUAAAAUUGGUUCCAUAGUGCAGGUGAACGAGGAUAAUAAUGACCUGUCGAUCCAAGUGAGUGGUGAAAAAUAUUCGUGUUGGUACAAGCCGGAAGCUGUCGCGUUGAUGACGGGAGAGCGUUUUAUUGUCCUAUUGAAGACACACUUCGAGACCCACGAGCCUUCAACUGAGAAUGACGAGCUUGUACAGGCUGUUAGGAAAGGCGAUUUCAAAAAUGUUUACGCAAUCAUCCGCCAGGCAUACACAGAUUGCAUAGAAUUUACAAGUGGGUCGUUCGGCGUAGAUUACAGUGGUGACUUUUUUGUCGUAGACGCCAAUGGAGACAGGAGGAUUUUCACCCCAGAUGAUCUAAUUAAAGAUGGUAAUACCAAUGCUGUUGAGUGCAAAGCUAUUGACACCCCUCACGAUGUUGCUCCCGGUGACCUGGUGAUGAUCCUUCCGACCGCGAUCUCAUGUUUCAUGGAUAUAAAGUUGACACUCGGUAAAGUUGGUACGAUAGUGACCGUGCGCGGAGAUUUCUUUGAUAUAAGAGUGUGCGGCGAUAUCUAUACGUACCGCUGGCAAGAUGUUUUUAUUGUGGAUCGAGGGCGCUUUGAUCUAUUGAAGGAAUAUUUUAACACUCACAAGCCGGCAUUUGAGAGAGACGAUCUUCAACAAGCUAUAAGCGAAGACAAAUUCAAGGAAGUGACCGCAAUAAUACGCAAGGCUUACAAAGAUGGUGAACGCGUUUGUGAAUACAAACUAACCACGACAACCGAUGAUUUACAAGACAUGGUGCAUACAGAACGUUAUUUGAAUCCACACCACCACCUAUUCGUUUUAGUGGAAGACUCUACGCUCAACAAAUUCGGUGGAGAAAUUGAGUUUCGAGCUAUUCUAGAAAAACGAAUUUUAUCCGAAAUGAUCCGGUCAAGGACGAAAGGGGAAAUCUACCAAGACCUAUCGGGUCCAGAAAUUCCACUCGUUAAUCUCGUUCUAAACAGCGACUACUACACAUUGGAAUGUGUACAAUCUGCUAUAGACAAAGGCAUACCUUCCGUGGUGGAAAACACAACUGACUCGGAUACUCACACACGACACGACAGUGCCAUUUCGUACAGCAAGAAUGAAAUCAAAACGAAAAUGCUUCCAAACAGUAAUAUUCCAAAUGACGCGUUCAAAACGUUUGAAGAAACUCACAAGGAAAAGCGACACCUUUUGGCGGUCAUAAAUCUUAGCGACUUUUCCAAAAUGGUUGCGGAGACAUUGGAUAUUUGUUGGAAAGCUAGUUCAGUUGGGAUGUGUCUCACGGAAUGGGCUCUUUUCGAUCGUGACGAAGCUGUAGUUCUCAAGCGACUGGUGCGUGCAGAUGGCAGGAGAAUGAAUAGUGAUGCUUUCGCAUUGAUCAUGAAUUAUUUCUUGAUUCGCAAUGAUGAAGAAGUUGUUGAGGCGUUAAUUCAACUGGAUGUCGACAUGAAUUCAGCUUGGAUAGGAGCUCGGCAAUACAAUGAAUUAUGUGGUGGUAAGGAUGGAUUGCUGCAACGUUUCCAAGCAGCAAAGGACAUACACACAGUAUUGUGGGUCAUGGACAGAGUGAAGGCGCGCCCAGUGCGAGGCAAAUACUUUGGCCCAAAAGCCUGGUUACCUGCGACAUACUCAGAGGAGAAACAGCUGCAUACUAAAGAUAUAUUGCCAUACUGGGAGUACAUGUUUAUUUUGACUUUAUUGUCGCGUAAACACGACAUGGCGAACAGACUCUGGAAAAAAACGAAGCAUCCGCUCUUCAUGGCCCUCAUUGCAUACAAUUUAUGCCUGGCAGUGAAACAGCAAACAGACGAUAAAGUACUUAUGGCCGAAAUGACAAAAAAUAUGAGCGAGUGGUCUACUGUGGCUAUAGAUUGUCUUAACGAAUGCUACCAGAAUUGGGAUCAACCCACAUACGUCCAUCUAACAAUGACCAUGCCUUUUUGGUAUACACAAUCAUGCCUAGAUUUGGCCGUACAAUCGAGAAACAAGGAGUUCCUGGCCCAACAAGCAUGUCGCAAUCUAGUUUCAGAUGUAUGGAAUGGGCAACGUAUGGAUGACACGCUAAACAAGCUUCGCGAGCAACGUUCAGACACAGACAGGAUCAAGUUCUUCUUGAACAAAAUGCAGGCUCCAAAAACGAAAUUCGCAUACAAUGUGAUCUCGCAUUUGGUGUUUCUGAACCUGUUCGCUUACGUGCUGCUGUUUGAUCUCACGAGCACUGUAUCGACCAAGGAAUUCGUGUUAAUGACAUGGGUACUGACCAUAUUGGUUGAAGAAAUUAGACAGAUGCAUCAGAUAUAUCAUAUGCCUGGUUAUGAGAAGGCUAUUCGGUGUAUGCAGCGAAUCAGAAAAUUGAAGAGUUACUUUUCGGAAGGAUGGAACUGCAUCGAUUUAUUUACGAUCGCUAUGUUUUUACUGGGAUUCGGACUGCGAUUCAUACAAUUUCGAGACACAUCGUAUGAUUGGCCCAGAGUCGUGCUUGCUGUCGAUUUUAUCGCGUUCUUCUUCAGACUCGCUCACAUAUUCUCUGUCCGAGAAACCCUUGGCCCGAAACUAAUUAUGAUUCGGCGGAUGGUACAAGACCUAAUGUAUUUCUUGGUAAUUAUGGCUGUGUUUUUAUUGGCUUACGCCAUUGCCUCGUGUUCCAUUCUCUACCCCAAUGCUCCACUUACCUGGAAAACUGCUAGACAAAUAACUUGGAAGCCUUACUGGCAUCUUUAUGGGGAACUCUUUCUAGAGGAUAUGGAAGAUUCAACGGAUUGUGGAAAUGACACUAGCCUUUGGACGAACGGAACAAGUCCACGCUGCCCAACCGAGACCGGCAGGUUUUUUGGUCCCAUUCUUAUGGGAGUUUACCUGUUGUUUUCAAAUAUCCUGCUUCUCAACCUUCUUAUUGCAAUUUUUAGUAACACAUUUACUAAAAUUCAUGAGGAAUCAGACAAGAUUUGGUGUUUCCAGAGAUACGUUAUGACAAAGGAAUACGCACUACGGCCUGUAAUAUGUCCUCCUGUGAAUGUAUUUUGGCACAUAUACCAGCUUUUCCAAUGUUGUCUACAUAAGUGUACACAUGAGCUCUUAGAUGAUCCUUUCCAUGUUCUUUACGACGACACGAAGAGCGUGGCGCUCGAUUUCCGGCGAAUCAGCCUAAGUGAGUUUAUGAAAGGGUCACUAAGCACAUAUCUAAAACGGAAAGAAACAGACAGUAACGAUUCAAUGAUUACAACGGCAAAUGAAAAGCUUGAUGACUUGAAAAACAAUGCAAAGCAUGAAGAGGAGUUUCGAAAAACGAUGAUUACUUGGACUUUGCAAGCGGCUGAGAGGGAGGAUGAGUUUAGACGCCUGGUCGUCAGUCUUCAGGCUCAGCUUAACAAAAUGCAGGAGAGUAUCGACAACCUGCAUAGGAAGAAGACUGACAGCGAACAUAAGGCGGAUGAAAAAACGGAGCCGUAAUGUAAACACGAUGCAUUAUGGGUGAUAUCGAUUUAGACCAGUUUGUGAAGUAUGUUUACUAUAAUUACCGGGCAAUUUUGAAUGCUGUUAUUAUAUAUGUUGCACUUAACUAUGUCCGAUCUAUGUAUUACGUCUCACAACUACGAACAAUUAACGUUAAUUAAUACGAAUCGACUGGAGCAUUUCGUGAACACGUGUGUAUUCAUUUUUUUACGUUGACGUAUGUGCAGUGUAUAUACGAAGUUGCUUUUUCUCCUCUCGUUGUUUUGAUUAGUUUUUGUUUUCAAUGUAUUCAACGUUUGCACAUGUUUUUAAUAUUCGGUGUAAGUGUAAAUGAAUUUAGAGAAUGGUAAAAACGAACAACAAUAUCUUCGGUACAAUUGUUUGCUAAGAAAUAGUGUGAUAAUAAAGACAAAUCACUUCAAUACUGGCACAUUUGUCAGUCUAAAAGUAUUUUGCAUAUUAUAUCGACCGUGCAAAAUUCAGUAUUGUCUGAAUCUGAGGUAAUGGUGUAUAUUGUACUUAUUCGUACUAUUACGUGGCCAAAUGUGUGUGUGCGAAUAAAUAUUUAUCUCUAUUGUAUACCUGUAUAUUGUUAUUAAUUUCUCAGUGCAGUUGUAUGGUGCUGGUAUUAAAAGAAUAAGUGUGUUCGAUGAAUGUGAUUGGUAUUGAUUUCUUAAAAAAAAUUGGUAUUGCACACAAUGGUAGUUGUACUAAUUGUUUGACACUUUUUAAACGCUGCCGAUAUCGUUUGCCUAUUAUUGUUGCUUUAUAAAUUGUGUAUCUCCUAUGAUAUAUUAAGCAUUUCUAUAUUUUCAUAAAUGCUCAUGUUAAUGUUUGUUCUUCCUACGAUCGUUGUAUCUAGGGGCACAUAUUGAUGCAAUAAUAUUUAUAUGUAUCCAAUGUCCUGUAAAAUAAGAUGGUUUUAACACCGGAUCAUUAUUUAGAUAACAUGAAAACUGUUUAGGAUGCUCCCAAUAUUAAUUCGAAUAAUUAUAACACUAACAUCUACUGUUUUACCUGUUUUGGGCAUUUAGAAACUGGGGCAUGACUCAAUGUACACACAAAAUGUGUCACAAUCAAAUUCCGAAUGAUGCAAACACGUUAAAGUGUGUUUCUCCAUUGUAUUUUUGACAUGACUUUAAACUUUUGACUCCGUCCGGGUACCCUCUUUGAAAUGCAUAUAACAUUAUGUUCAAUAUACAAUACACUAUAUAAUAUUCUUUUUUAGCAGAUGAAAAUACAAGUAUAUUUAAACAAAUGCUCAAUUGCAUUGCAGAUGUAAUUGCGUGUUAUUAAUACAAGAUGUAAAUGCUAUUCAUAUAACAGUUUAAAUGAACAGUUAUAUUCAAUGUAAACCAUUGUUUUUAAUGCCUAAUAACCUACAGCUGUAUUUUGCUAGUGUAUGCUUUGUAUAGGAGUAUCUUGUAAAUGGAAUAUUGUUGUUUGAUAAGAUUUUAAGUUUAGAAGCUAAUGUGUUUGUUACAAAAAAGGCGGUGUGACAAGCAGAUAAUUAGCGACUGAGUGAAAAGAAUUCCUAAUUAUGAAACUAACAAUGAAAGUAUUACCAGUUGAUAUAAUAAGUUAAUGUGUGUCUUUUUCGUUGA